AUGCUCCCGCCACCCUUGGCCCACCACUCCUGGAUCCCAGCCCCUGCAGGGAUCCCUGCUGGCCCCUGCUUCCGUUCCCCCACUCCAGUCUCUUCUCAGCACAGAGUCGGGGUCCUAUCCCAUCUAUGUCAGAUUAUGUCAUAUGUCAGAACCCACCUGCUGCUCAUUCCCGCCAGGGAACACAGCCUGGUCCCCAGGAUGUCCUCGUGGGUGGCUGCUGCCGUCCGUCUGUCCUGUCUCCCCCACUCUCCCCCUCCCACCUGCCCCAGCGCCCUGCCUGCUCCUGGCUUCUUCUCAAACCUGCAACCACGCUCCUGCCUCAGGGCCUUUGCACUGGCUCCUCCCCCAGACUGGGGUGCUCUUUCCUCUCCUUUUUCAAGGGAUGCUGCCUUUUGUCAAUUACAGAUUGGCACUUACUAA